AUGUCCACGAAAAAGAAGAUUGGAGUUACGAGUGUGUUCAUGGUCGGAAUAUUCACGAUCGGCGCAGGAGUUGCAAGGACAUACAUCUAUCUCGUGACGUCUUAUGACAAGGAGGAUAAUCCUGAUUUCAUAGCUGAUUUCACGCUAUUUAUCCUAUGGUCGGAGAUCGAGGUCAAUGUGGCUAUGAUUGUCUGCUGCAUGCCGGUCUUUGGACCUGUUCUUGGUCAAUGUCGGGAUACUCUGUACCGUUUCUUCGGUCAGUCAAAGGAAGGUGAUUUUGGUCUCCUUGGGCAUUCUACAUCGGCAUCAACGAAUGAUGGCAAGACACCCCUCACCAAGUUUAAUACUUCAUGCGGUAUGGCUAACCGCGUGUUUGCGUCCGUGGUAGCCGUGCUUCUAGCAGCCAUUGCAAUUUAUUACCAGGAACUUUUGAAUACUUUCUUUCUAAGUCCCAGCCUAAAGGUAGUUGACUCGGCACGAGAUAUUACUUACCUUGGCAGUCUAUCCCCUUCCGGGAUUGAGCAUUUCCAGAACAUUUUCUACGCCGAGGAACCUACAGGACAGCGACGUUUCGCACCGCCAGUUCCAACGAAGCCAGUGAAGGGAUCUGUCAUUGAUGCCACCAAGGCUGGGGCCUGGUGUCCACAAGCAACGGGGGAUAUACUUCCGUUCACAAGUAGAGUGACCAAUAUUAGCGAAAAUUGUCUGAGCUUGAGAAUCGCGAGACCGGCAGGUACACAGAAGAAUGCUAAGCUUCCAGUUGCGGUCUGGAUCCAUGGAGGUGGCCAUGCUUUGGGCUCAGCUUCCGAUAUUCUUUACGAACCUGACGGCUUGAUAAAUCUGGCUGCUGAUGAUGGACUGCCGCUGGUAUAUGUUGGCAUAAAUUAUCGCCUAGGCUUAUUCGGUUUUGCGACUAGCGAAUCAUUGGUUGAGAAGAAAGAGACAAAUGCAGGGCUCCGUGACCAGCGUGCCGCUUUGGAGUGGGUCCGCGAUAAUAUUGAGGCAUUCGGCGGUGACCCUAACAGAGUGACUGUCAUCGGACAGAGCGUUGGGGCCAGUGACAUCGGUCUACAGCUAACCGCCUUUGGUGGUGAUCGAGAUGUUCCAUUCCAGCAAGGAGUAAUGAUGUCUGGCGGUCCAGGGUUGAACUUCAACAGCCAGCCAGAACUGGUUGCGGAUAAUACGGCUGCUAUUGCACAGCAAGUAGGAUGCGGCGGCAACCAAGAUCUGCAGACACUGGAGUGUCUUCGAGCUGUUCCUUUCGAGCAACUAACCAACCUAUCCGUUACUGCAUCUCGCGCAGCCCGUCCGCCUUUCGGCGAAGGGUUCUUUUACCCAACAAUCGAUGAUGACUUCAUUCAAGAUAGACCCUCCGAGUUGACUCGCGCAGGAAAGUUUACCAAAGGAAUUCCCUUAAUAGCUUCCUGGGUCACAAACGAUGGCGCUUGGUACGCACUCCCAACGACUGCGACAGACGACGAAGUUCUAGGGAGCUUCGGGCUAUGGCUGCACAAACUUUCAAAAUCCACCAAAGAGAAGCUCCUACACCUAUAUCCUCUAGAGGACUUUGCACACAUGGUCAAGGAAGAACAUGGUGGUCAACUUUCACCACAGUACUAUCGUGCUGCACAGUUGAAUCGCGACAUCUGGUUCACUUGUCCAGUCCUUGACUUUACGUGGCAGUAUGUCAAAAACGGGGGUGUGGAAGCCUCACAGGUGCGGCUGUAUGAGUUCAACCAAACCAGAUACACGCCAGUCUUUGAUUUCAUGGGUGUGUCAAUGUGGGGUGUAGCUCAUCUCAGCGACAUCCCCUACCUAUUCAACAACGACCACCUAGAGGCCGGUGCAGAUAAUUCGGACGAUCAGCUUGCGCUAGCGCGGGAUUUCAGUCGGACAAUUAUUCAGUUCGUGCAUGGCGCUCCUAAAGGGGAAGACGAACGACUUCAGUCAUGGCCGCCUGCCUUUUCGAAUGACUGUGUCAAAUCUUCAACGGGCGAUGUGCCUAACCAUAUCUCGCUGCAGCUGUUUGGUGGUCCUCAUGGCUCCGGUUCCACUAAAUGUAGCGAAGGCAUCGAAGCGGACAUGGAGGUUAUGACUGAUGCAGAGAAAGCGCUUCAUGGGGAAAAGUUGUUUAGUCGGUGUGCAUUUCUCAAUAGUCAACAAUUUAGAGAGGAAGCAGGGGUGUGA